UCACAAAUCCCCUUAUCCAUGCAAGAAAUUCUCAACUGUGUAAAAAGGAGGGAUGGGGCCAGAGAUGAAGACAUCAAACAACAGAGAUUUGAAGCAUACCACACAAUUAGACUCUUUGACUAUGCUAAAGCAAGAGGUCUUACCCUGAGUAGUGAAUAUCCGUAUAUUCAUGACUGUAUUAGUUGUCGGCCGCCCCUUCAGGCAACGAGAAUUUUUGUCACUAGCUACGAUAGUCGAACCCUACUCCCUGACCAUGAACUCAAGGCUGACCAAGUACAAAAGCAAAAACGAGAAGUUGAUGACAUAAUAAAAGGGUUUCCAGUUGUUGGUCUAAUGUCUUUAUAUUACCCCAGCUUCAAGGAAUCUGGAGAAAUUGGCCAGGGAGUAUAUAAAGGAAAAUCUUCAAUCGACAGAUACAUUGGGGAACAUGCCGUGCUCCUAACUGGUUUUGACAAAGAAGAAGAUGGAACAGAGGUUUUUGAAUUCAAAAAUACAAGCGGUUUAGCUUUUGGUGCCCAAGGAUUCGGCAAACUCAAAAGAGAUCUCAUCUUUAGCAUAUCAUAUCCCAAAGGAGUGUUAAAAGUUGACAAAAUAGAUAAGGAUGGGAUAGGACACAAAUAUAUAAUGGCAAGAGGGUUGCAAAUUCAUGUUGCUGAGAUAGGGGCCGGAUCUAGUGUUGUGUUGUUCUGCUACGGGUUUCCCGAAAUGUGGUACUCAUGGCGUCACGUUAUUAUAUCCCAAAUAUGCUAUUUUUGUUGAAGGCAUAUCCCAAAUAUGUUAACUAUUUAAAUUCUAUGUACAUAAAUACUAGUAUUCUUUAACGGGUAAUAAAAUAGUAUUCUUUAAUGUGUA